AUGCUGUCGGUAGGUUCCGUAUCACCAUCCUCCAUGGUGCCAGCUGCUGACUUUUCUCAUUCAGGUAUCUUGCACGUGUACUGGACCAACACUCUCUUUCCCGGCGAAGGAGCAUUCACUUUGACGCUCGCAGCUACUCUCUGCGGCCAACCCACGUUGGCAAAAAUUGGCACAAGCUAUUGGUCUUCUUUCUGCCUCUGUCGGUCUUAUCUCGAGCGCUUUCGCCACUCGGUAAGCAUUGGCUGUAUCUAUCCCCUCUGCGGUGCCCUCUACGUACCAUGUGCGACCCUCCUCUUCGAGUGGUUCUUUGAGCGCGGAGGGCUCGCCACGGGCAUCAUGUACGCCGGCACUGGACUUGGCGGCACCAUCGUCCCCUACAUCAUGGACGGUCUGCUCAAGGGAGUUGGAUACAAAGCGGCAAUGUGCUCUCUGGGUAUCGCUUACGCUGUUCUCGGCGGUGUGGCUUUGAUCUUUAUUGACAGGAGGAUACCAAUCUCGCGAUAUGCCAACAACAGUGAAGAGCCGAAGAACCUUCGCCGACGACCUCUCCCUCACCCCUCCGGCACAGCCCUAGUCUCCAUCCUCAACGCCGCCUCCAUCCCCGGCACCACCCACCUCGGCUAUCUCUCCGACCACCUCUCCAUUCGCGUGGUCAUCUCCAUCUCUUCCAUCGGCAGCUCUCUUGCCUGCGCUCUCCUAUGGGGGUGGGGCACGAAUACGGCGGUGCUGGUGGUGUUUGCGAUUGUCUUUGGGCUAUUGGGCCCGAGCUUCAGUGCGCUUUGGAGUGGGAUGAUCAAAGACGACCCCGUGGCACCAACGAUGAUCUUCUCAGUAUUCGCCUUCUUCCGCGGUGUGGGUAAUAUCACAUCCGGUCCCAUCUCAGGAGCUCUGCUCAAAGUGGAUGCUAUGAAGGGUGCUACCGGCGCGUAUGGCUUCAUCAACUAUGGGAUACUGUUGAUCUAUACUGCUGUGACAAUCAUGGGCGGGGCUGCCACGGGCGUCAUGUUCAAACCUCGAAAGUCAUAG